CCGGAAACGACGAAAGAGGACUUGGAGGAAAUCUUCGGCAAGUACAAGGGGCUGAAGGGGGUGCGCAUCGUCACGUUCCGCAACGGCCACUCCAAGGGCAUCGCCUACGUCGAGUACACCAACGAAAACUCGGCCAAAGAGGCACUGGUGGGGACAGAUGGGAUGCAGAUCGGGGAGAAGACGGUGUCGGUGUCCUUCUCGAACCCGCCGACCCGAGGGACGAGGGAGUACGGCGACGCCACGAGCGUCCUGCAGGGAUCCCUGGGCCGGGGGGCCCCACCUCCAUCCGGCGGGUGAGUGGAGUUACGGUC